UCCCACUUUAAUCAUCCAACUGUAUUAUUUAGUUUAUUGUAGAAUUUCAACUGCCAUAUUAACAGCGCCAACUAAGCUAUUAUUCUCUAGUGCUUUCCGGUAGCUACUUGCAACAAAAUGUUAAAGUAUUUUAAGGACACUCUACAGUCUAUUACGUCAAUAACAAAUUAAGCGCCUAAAAGCAGAAUAAUAUGGAGAUAGGAGAGGUGCAGAAAAACAAAGAGAAAGAAUGGGAAACAGAUCAUGGCACUGCGUUCAGCCAGCCCGAGAUUAUGUUAAGGGGUUUUGCCUUGUUAGUGACUCUAACAGCUGCUAUUUUGAUAGGGUUGGACAAAGAGACCGAGAUUAUUCCUGUUGUACUACUUCCUACUCUUCCUACUUUCCAUGUCCCCGUCACUGCUAAAUUCCAUCAUGUCUCUGCUUUUGUGUACUCUGUGGUGUCGAACUCCAUCGCAAGUGUAUCCGCAGCAGCAACAAUGCUAGUUAUGAUAUUUGCAAGUAAAGGAGGUGGAAAAGUGGGUGUUUCGCGUUUGAUGAUAUUGGUUGCAGAUUUAAUGAUGGUUGCGUUGUUGUUUUCCAGCAUCGGAGGAACGGGUGCAAUCGGGCUAAUAGGUAUAAAAGGAAACUCACAUUUACAAUGGAAAAAGAUUUGUAAUAUGUAUGCUAAAUUUUGCCACCAAGUUACGGCUUCUGUUGCCCUUUCUUUAAUGGGGGCUAUUGCAUUUCUCUUGCUCAUUAUUCUAACUGCUUCAAAGCUUCAUAAGAGAACCUCUAAAUAUUAAUAACUACAAGCUUAUUAGUUAAAUCAACGGGCCGGGUUUCCUUAUUGCAUUCAAGUCAGCCUGGUCAGUUUUCGGUACAUAGGGACAUACGUUCGAGCAAGGAAAGAGCACUAACGACGACAACACUCUAGUCGGAAAUAUUUCUUUGCAUGAUGUUUUCAUAUUUCCACUUUCUUUGUUUUGAGGGAUGUUUUCAUUAUUUCCAUUGUAGUCGAUGUAAUAUUUUAUUUUUUUACAUAUAAUUGUGGUUUUACGAUCUAAUACAAUUGUUUUUCUAAAGGAAA